AUGGCACUGUUCAGGAACGUUCUUAGUCAGUCCAGUCUGGCAAAAGUUAGCCAAAGCGAAGGCAACGGAAGCUCGGAAGAUGACAAAGGAAGAAUGAAGCAUCGAUUUUCUGAACCGUGGGAAGAUAGCGAUCUGAUUCUUGUGGUAGAGGAUGAGAAGUUUCACGUUCAUCGCCUCAUAAUGAGCAUGAACUCACCAGUGUUUAAGGCCAUGUUCAAAUCACAGUUCAAAGAAGCAACCGCUAACGAGAUUCCUUUGCCAGAGAAAAAAGCAAAUGAAAUAUUGGACAUCUUAAAGCGUGUUUACUCCAAGCAGUUUAUCGAAGAGCCGGUGGAAAUCACUGAAGAAAACGUGGAAUAUCUUCUAAAGCUAAGCGACGAGUACCAGAUCAAGCACAUCUUUGAUGGCUGCAUCAAUUUCGUUGAAACCCACCCGAAGACAAAACAAAAUGUGAUGAAACUUCGAAAGAUGGCGACGAAUUACAAACUAGACCGUGUCCGAGACGAGUGCGACGACUUGCUCAAGAAUUUGAAGCUGACGACACUACGUGAAAUUGUUGAUUUGAAGGGUCUUGAUCAAGAAACCUUACAAUAUUUCCUGGAGCAAAGGAUCAAGCGACUAGAAACUGUUUUGGAUGACGUAUAUCCUGAAUUUAUGGGAAUGAUAGAGUGUUUGUUUUGGCUGAUGAAUGAGUGCAAUAAAGUUGAUCCCUGGUUGUGCGAGCAACAUGUUACUGAGGGCUGUUUGAGGCCCAAUUUUCAAAUUGAUAGUGAAGAGAUAAGACAAUGUCGUAACUGUGGGAAUAUGUUUCGUUCAAUGGUGAAUCAGACCAGAUCUUACAGGAGGAGGGGAGGAUUACAUAAUUACCAUUAUGGAAAUGAACAAAGUUACCAUUUCGACAACUUGCAGAAUACCAUCAAUGAGCUCUCUAAAUUAAAACGUGAGGGU